GUCCCAACACAAUGGCUAUUAGCGCCGAAUUUUCAAUUGUCGACUAUCUUGUAUUCGGACUAUUGUUGGCCAUUUCGUCGGUAAUUGGCGUCUACUUUUGGUUCAGUGGCCGUAAACGAGUAUCCAAUGACGAGUUUUUGACCGGCAAUCGCCAGUUGGGUGUAUUCCCGGUUACACUGUCACUGGUGGCCACUUUUACGUCGACCAAUACAUUGCUGGGUAUGCCGGCCGAAGUCUAUCAGGUGGGCACACAGUUUUCGUUGCAAAUCAUAUCGUUUUUUGUGGCCAUUGUGUUGGCCGCUCACGUAUUUAUGCCAAUCUAUUACCGUAUGGGACUAUUGAGUGUCAAUGAGUAUUUGGCCAAAAGAUUUAACUCACCGUACAUUCGUAUGGCCGGAACCGUUGGUUUUAUUUUAGCGACUACUCCACAUAUGGCUAUUGUUUUAUAUGGUCCGGCACUAGCAUUGAGCUCAGUUACUCCUCUAUCGAUCUCAACAUCUAUACUAGUGGUUGGAGUUAUCUGUACUUUCUAUACAACAAUUGUUAGGUGGCAUUAAAGCUGUUAUAUGGACUGAUGUUAUACAAUGUAUACUAAUGUUUUUGGG